AGAAAUGCAAUUCAUUGAUUGAUUUUGUAGCUGUAUAAUAAUACAUGUAACUCCAAUUUGAUCAUAUUUGAGGGCCCAAUGAGAUUAGUGCAUUAAUGUAUCAAUGUAAAACAUUUUCAAUACAUCUUCUGAAGGUCUUUUAUCAUUUAGAGCUUCAUAAUAUAUUCAUAUGCAGCUAUAGUGUACGCCAUAAAAAGUCUAGACUGAGCCAAGCACAUGGUGAUUAUUCAGAAACAAUAAAAAAAUUCAAUUACAUAUUUUUAUUUAUAUUGACAUAGAUGUUAUACUGUUAUAGCAGCAUGUCUGUAUUCAAGAAAAUAUUUGGAAAUGGAAACAAACUGACCUGGAAUGCUACAAAGGCACUUAUACCAGGUAUGUGUAUGAGAAUGUCCACAGACUCGAGCGAUGCCAAAAUGGAGAAAAUUUCCAAUAAUAUGACUUUCCGCACAAUUGAAGCAUCAAAUGACAAUAAUCGCCCCUUGGUGGUCAUUUUCAGUUGGCUCCUCGCAAAAUCGCAGCAUAUCUCCAAAUAUGGUGAUUUCUAUCUCGAUAAAGGUUAUGAUGUUUUGACACUCAAAGUUGAACCGAAACAACUUCUUUGGCCGACUCAAGCCCAGAAAGUUGUCCAACAAGCUUUAGAGUACAUUGAUGAAGAGAAAAACAAAAACAUCGUGAAUCCACUAUUGAUUCAUGGGUUUUCUGUUGGUGGAUAUCUGUAUGGUGAAUUCCUUGUAAAACUGAAACAAGGUGGGGACAAAUAUCGCGCAAUCGCAAAUAGCAUACAAGGUCAAAUCUUCGACAGUAUUGUGGACUACAAAGGUAUCCCAGGAGGUGUUUCAAAAGCGAUGACCCCUAACCCAAUUCUCCGAGCAACAAUCAAAGGGACAUUGGAACUGUAUUUGGGCAUCUUUAAAAAACAAGUCAUGACAUGUUAUGAACUAUCACAGGAUACAGUCAUAGCAAACAAACAGAGAACGCCAUCUAUGUUUUUGUAUUCGAAAUCCGAUAUCGUAAGUAGCUAUACCAAAAUUGAGGAGGUUAUUGAUGGGUGGAAAGAACAAGGAAUUGAAGUUCACGAGAAACGUUGGGACGUAUCUCCACAUGUGACUCACAUGUAUCACCAUCCAGAUGAAUACUUGGACAUGUUGAACACAUUCUUGGAGCACAUUGGAAUACAGAAGGAACAAGAUCACAGGGCUAAACAUUCCAAGUAAUCUAAAUUGACAAAAGUGUUCCAUCUAAACUGAAGUCUUGUGUAAGGCGUAUAUGUCGAUUGGUGGAUGUAAACUAGAUGAUUUUAUCCCAUUCAAAAGGACAAAUAGAAAAACUCUUUUUGUGGACUAUCUUUGCAAAAAAGCUUUUUUCGCACAUCGGUGAAAAGGCCUUUGUGCCAAGAUAUGAAAUAUUUUAAUCACCUGGUCCUUAUCAUGAGAUCAGGUAAAUCAUUAUGGCUGUUCAAUGUCUAAAACUUGGUACAGAGCAGACUUUACACCAUUGUUCAAAAGGAAUGAUUAUUCAGUUGCCCAUUGUCACAUAUGAAUAAAUGACUUGUCAUUGGAAAGAGGAGACAUAUGGUUUUAAGGUAGACUAAAUGGAAUUGAUGUAGUUACACUGGUAUCACUGAUUUUGUGAUUUCACAAUCUUUAUGUUUGUUUGUGUAUUUUUGAGACACACUGUAUAUGAUGCACCUAGUGUAAAAGAU